AUGUCAAUGCUGCUCAUUGACUUCUCCAAUGCGUUCAACAUGGUUUGCAGAUCUCAUCUCAUCAAGGAGGUUCGUCUUCAAUAUCCAGGUAUUUCUCGCUGGGUGGAAUUUUGUUACUUGAGGCCUACUAAACUCUACUAUGACCAAUUUAUUUUGUCCUAUGCUUUUGGAGUCCAGAAGGGUGACCCUCUCGGUCCCUUGUUGUUUGCUUUGACACUUCACCCCCUAGUGAAGACAAUUGCCUCCAGUUGUAAGCUUGAUUUGCACGCCUGGUACCUGGAUGAUGGUGCAAUUAUCGGUGAUACGAUUGAGGUGGCCAAGGCUUUGCGCAUAAUAGAGAUCGAAGGGCCAGGUAGGGGUUUACAUAUAAAUAUAAAUAAAACGGAAGUCUUCUGUCCUUCUAUCGAUCCCAGAAGCAUUGCUGACGGUGUAUUCCCUCUUGAUAUUGGUGGACCUUCUAAUGGGGUUAAACUCUUGGGAGGGCCGUCGGUGAGUUUGGAUUUGAACUUUAUUAGUGAUACGAUGUUGAGUAGGGUGAACAAGAUUGUUCAACUAAUGUCUGUCAUCAAAAAACUCAAGGACCCUCAAAGCGAGAUGUUAUUACAUCGUAAUUGUACUGGUGUGUCAAGAUUAUAUUUUGCAAUGCGAACUACCAACCAUGCAUCCCUUCACCAAGCCACUGAUAUUUUCGAUGAUCAUUUUCUCAAGUACUUGAGACUCUUAAUCAUUGGUGAUGGCGCUGCUUUUGGACCUUUACAACAAAGAUUAGCUACUUUUCCAAUCAAAGAUGGUGGCCUUGGGAUCUAUACCAUGGCGGACACUCGCUCCUACUGUUAUCUUGAUUCUCACAGCGAGACUGCUUCGAUAUAA